AUGAGCAAGAGAGUAGCAGCAUUAGUUUUUGACAAUGGAACUGCGAUGUUCAAAGCUGGAUUUGCCGGAGAAGAUAUCCCCAAAGCUGUGUUUCCCUGUACGGUUGGAUACCCCAAAAAUGAGAAAAUGAAAGUUUGGUUGAACCUGAAGGACAGCUUCGUAGGAGACAAUGCCCAAAGAAGCAGGGGUAUACUUGCUCUCAAGUAUCCAAUCGAACACGGCAUCGUCACUAAUUGGGACAACAUGGAGAAAAUUUGGCAUCACACUUUCUACAAUGAACUCCGUGUUGCCCCAGAGGAACACCCUGUUCUAUUAACCGAAGUUCCUUUCAACCCCAAGGACAACCGAGAAAGAAUGACACAGAUUAUGUUUGAAACAUUUAAUAUCCCAGCCAUGUACGUCGCUAUCCAGGCAGUUCUUUCUUUACAUGCAUCCGGUCGUAAAACUGGAAUCGUUCUGGAUUCUGGGGAUGAUGUUACUCACGUAGUACCCAUUUAUGAGGGUUUUGACCUUCCGCAUGCUACUAUUAGAUUUGAUAUUGCUGGACGCGAUCUGACCGGUUACCUUAUGAAAAUCCUCACAGAUCGUGGUGACUCUUUCACAAAAACAGCUGAACUAGAAACUGUCAAAGACAUAAAAGAGAAAUUGUGCUACUUUGCCCUUGACUUUGAACAAGAAAUGACAACAUCUGCGACCUCGACCUCCCUGGAGAAGAGCUACGAACUUCCUGAUGGUCAGUUCAUUACCAUCGGAAACGAGCGAUUCCGAUGUCCAGAGGCCAUGUUCAAACCAUCUUUACUAGACUUGAAAUCUUCUGGUAUACAUGAAAUAACAAACAACAGCAUUUUGAAAUGCGACGUUGAUAUCCGUAAGGAUUUGUACGCUAAUACAGUUUUGUCUGGGGGUUCAACCAUGUACCCAGGUAUUGCCGACCGUAUGCAGAAAGAAAUCACUGCCUUGGCUCCGUCCACAAUGAAGGUUAAGAUCAUCGCUCCACAAGAGAGGAAAUACUCUGUCUGGAUGGGUGGUUCUAUUCUUGCUUCCUACUCCACCUUCCAAGAGAUGUGGAUCAGCAGGCAAGAAUAUGACGAAUUUGGUCUUUCCAUUGUACACAGAAAGUGUUUCUAG